AUGACUGUUAAUGAUAAAGAUGAGAAAGUGGAAUCAAACUUUAGUCUUAAAAAGAAAAAACGUAAACAUGAUACUGUUAAUGAUGAAGAUGAGAAAGCAGAAUCAAACUUUAGUCCUAAAAAGAAAAAACGUAAACUUGAUAAAGGUCGUGAUUGUUUAGUUUCUUGCAGAAAUGAAAGGAGAAUUGUGAAAAACAAAAAACACAAAAGUCAGACUAAAGCUGAAGAUGAUGAUAGAGUUCAAAAUAGAUUAGAGGAUUGGGGAAUAGCAACAGAAUCUAAUGUAUCACAAAAUAAUCAUGAAUCAACUGAAAUAAGGAAAAAGGAAAAAAGUAGCUUCCAUAUGAAAAAAGAUAAAAAGAAAAAAUGUAAAAAAAUGGAUGACCAAAGUAUUGUAGUCUGUGUUCCCAGUGAACUUUCCAUUGAUAGUGUAAUAGUGAAUAAAGACAAAACUGUGAAAAAGAAAAAGAAAAAAAGGUUCAUUUGUGAAUGA